UCACAUUCUUCAACUACAUAAAUCUCUCUUUCAGUCCAUAUAACCAUGCCGCCCUCGAGUAAUGAGACUCGCGUAAAUUUACUCGUUUUGUUGCUUUGUUUCUGUUUAACCGCGCUUUGCAACUCGACUACUGCAAAUGCAAUAAGAAAACCAUCCAUAUCAUCAAUGAAGCAUAAUAUGAUAAAGCAAUUUAAACACAUAAGUGAUGAAAAUAUGGAUACAUAUAUUGCAAGCUCACCUCUCACUCUCCCACAAUAUGAUUCACUUUCUCCAUCUUCUUUGCCUAAUCGAAUCAAUUCCAAUACCAAUUCUCCUCCUUAUUGUGUUUACCCGCCAUACGCCCUCCUUCCGCCUCCGGGUGCCCCGCCUGUAGUGGGCCCGUCGGGCCCACCUACUGUAUCUCUCCCGAACCCGAUCACCCCUGUAGUAGGCCAGCCGGGCUCGCCUUCUAUAUCAGUUCCGAGCCCGGUCACACCGGUAGUAGGUCCGCCGGGCUCGCCUUCUAUAUCAGUACCGAGUCCGGUCACGCCUAUGAUUGGUCCACCGGGCCCACCUUCUGUGUCAGUUCCGAACCCGAUCACACCUGUAAUGGGUCCGCCUGGCCCACCUUUAUCAGUUCCGAGCCCUGUCACGCCAGUAAUAAACCCGCCGGGCUCGCCUUCUACAUCAGUUCCGAGUCCAAUCACGCCUAUAACAGGCCCACCAAGCGGGCUCACCCCGAGCCCGUCAAUAUUCCUACCACCAAUUGUUUACCCGCCUCCAGCUGUGCCUCCGCCGCCUCACAGAGCGUCAAGCAUGUCACUCUGGUGCGUGGCGAAGCCCACAGUUCCAGACCCUAUAAUACAAGAGGCAAUGAACUACGCUUGCGGGUCAGGGGCAGAUUGUAACUCGGUUCAACCUAACGGGCCUUGUUUUCAGCCCAACACAUUACUUGCACAUGCUUCGUAUGCGUUUAACAGUUAUUGGCAGAGAACUAAAGUGGCGGGUGGAACUUGCGAGUUUGGCGGCACAGCCAUUCUUGUAACAGUUGAUCCAAGUUAUGAUGGAUGCCACUUUCUUUACUUCUGAUUGGAACAUUCUAUUGCAUAUAUACACACACAAAACAAAUAUUGCAAAGAUUUUACAAUAAUAAUGUGCUCAAGAAAGGAUGAAAAUGUGCAGCAUUUUGUACAAGAUAGUAGGUGACAUUGUAACACUUUCAUCUCUAAGAGUAUUUUCUGUUUUCUAUGCAAUUUUGUAAUCAAUAUU